AUGGACGGGGGGCAGAGCGUCGCCAAGCGGCAUGGCGCGGCCGCGGCCGCCGGCGCCGAGGAGGACCCUGACCGGCACCGUGCUCCUUCACCGGCCCACGAGGCGGCGGAUGAUCACGACGACGGCGACAAGAAGGCGCCUCGCAGGGGCAGCAACAGGCGCGUCGCCUCCCUCGACGUCUUCCGUGGCCUCACCGUCGCACUGAUGAUACUGGUGGACGGCGCCGGCGGCGAGUGGCCGGUCAUCGGGCACGCGCCGUGGCACGGCUGCAACCUCGCCGACUUCGUCAUGCCCUUCUUCCUCUUCAUCGUCGGCAUGGCCAUCCCCCUCUCCCUCAAGAGAAUUCCGGAUCGCGGUCGGGCCGUCAGGAGAGUGGUCAUAAGAACACUGAAGCUGCUCUUCUGGGGGAUCUUGCUGCAAGGUGGUUACUCCCAUGCUCCAGAUGAACUAACCUAUGGAGUUGACAUGAAGCACAUAAGAUGGUGUGGUAUCCUCCAGAGGAUUGCCCUUGCAUACUUGGUUGUCGCAGUCAUAGAGAUUGCGACGAAAGACGCGAGGGUUCAGGACCAGUCAAGUUCAGGCUUCUUCUCAAUUUUCAGGCUGUAUCUGUCCCAAUGGAUUGUCGCAUGUUGCAUUUUGCUGAUCUACUUGUCCCUUGUUUACGGGAUUUACGUUCCGGACUGGGAGUUCACGGUGCGAAAUGUCGACAGUCCAAACCACGGCAAAGUUUUGACAGUGACAUGUGGCACAAGGGGAAAUCUGAGCCCUCCUUGCAAUGCUGUAGGUUACAUUGACCGUAAAAUUCUCGGCAUCAAUCACCUGUACCAGAAACCUGCAUGGAGGAGGCACAGGGACUGUACUGAUGAUUCUCCACAUGAGGGGCCUUUCAAAAGGGACGCCCCGGCAUGGUGCGCCUCUCCAUUUGAACCUGAAGGGUUACUAAGCUCAUUUUCAGCGGUGUUAAGUACGAUCAUCGGCGUACACUACGGGCACCUGCUUGUUCAUAUGAAGAGUCAUAUGGACAGGCUAAAGCAGUGGGUCACCAUGGGCGUAGCUCUCCUCCUCCUCGGAAUCAUUCUGCACUUCUCUCAUGCGAUUCCUCUGAACAAACAGCUGUACACACUCAGUUACAUCUGCGUGACCGCCGGUGCCGCUGGCAUCGUCUUCUCCAUGCUUUACUUCCUUGUGGACGUCGUGCGCCUGCGCUAUGUCUUUGCGCCGCUGCGGUGGGUCGGCAUGAACGCGAUGCUGGUGUACGUGAUGGCAGCGGCGGGCAUCUUCGAGGGCUUCCUCAACGGCUGGUACUACGACGGGACCAACAACACACUGGUUUACUGGGUGAGGAAGCACGUGUUCGUCCAGGUGUGGCACUCGGAGAGGGUGGGCAUCCUCCUCUACGUCCUCGUCGCGCAGAUCCUGCUCUGGGCGCUCCUCGCCGGCCUCCUCCACCGGGCCGGCGUCUACUGGAAGCUCUAG